UCACGUGUUUCUUUUGUUUCUUUUCUUUUAUGUCCACUUUCGGUCUGCAGUAUCCCUGAGCUGGCUCAUCGUCCCCGGUACCGGUUUGUCAUGGUGUACAUUAGAACCGAGCAAGGUUGCAUCAUGGAUUUCAGUCAGUUCUUUCCGAUUCGUGUGAUUAUUGGCCUGUUGUAUACUCUCCUGGGCCGUUUCAUUAUGUUAGUUCUAUUUCUGCUGGUCCGAAAGGCUACGGAGAGUUACUAUUGCGUAGGAAUGUUGGCCCUCUCCAGGUCAUAUUAUGAAGGUCAUUUUAUAUAGGUGGAUUUGAGAACACAUCGUAUCCCUACGAACCGUUGGCUUUCACUUCAUGUCUAGGCCUACGAAC